UUCUAUGUACGGAUCGGUCAGAUCCGAUUCAGACACUGGAGUACUCGUUUGCAUCGCCUUCCCCUCAGUCAGUCGUCACUCGUCAGCACACCUGAAGGGAACGGCGGAGAGUGACGUAAACACGAACGGUUGAUAGGCACCGUUUCAAGUUGCCGCCGAUGAUAUUAAACCGCCGAAAGCAAAAGAUAUCUCAGAAUCUCCCAUUACCCCUUUCCGAAAGAUCCUCACUUUCCUUCCUCUCACUGCAAUCAAUCUUCAAUCCCCUCUCUUCCAGGAUGUUAAUGAUGGGAAAAUUAGGAACCAUGAUCCACACCGGUAGAUUCCUUCUCCGCCGCUUCUCAGCACCUCCACCUGCGGUCGCUAUGGCUGUGACCGCGAGUCGCGUCUCCUUCCACCGAUACUACUCGUCCAAGUUCAUCUCUCUCGUGUCUCCACAUGUCUCCCCAUUUUCCUCUUUAUUCAGACCUCAAGCAUUAAGUAGCUCAGCUUUCUCAUCUUUAUCAACACCUACAAGAGUUCAAGUCGACUCUACAGAGCAUGAAGUUGUGAUCGCCUUGGGAAGCAACAUCGGAAACAGGAUGAACAACUUCAGAGAAGCCUUGCGGCUAAUGAAACUUUACGGCAUUCACCUAACCAGGCAUAGCUGCUUAUACGAAACAGCUCCUGUUCACGUGACAGACCAACCAAGGUUCCUCAACGCUGCAGUGAGAGGCGUCACCAAGCUCCCACCUCACGAGCUUCUCACCGUUCUCAAAACCAUCGAGAGAGACAUGGGACGUACGGAUGGUAUCCGUUACGGACCAAGACCGCUCGACUUGGACAUACUGUUCUACGGGAAGAUGAGAAUCGCUUCCGAUAAGCUCAUCAUACCACACGAGAGGCUCUGGGAAAGGCCCUUUGUGUUAGCACCUCUGGUCGAUUUGCUAGGAACAGCUGUUGACAAUGACGCGGUCGCGCACUGGCACUCGCUUGCCUUACAUCCCGGCGGGAUUCACCAAUCGUGGGAGAGACUAGGCGGAGAGUCACUCGUCGGACAAGACGGUGUACAAAGAGUGUUACCGAUAGGAGAUAAACUCUGGGAUUUCACCAGCAGAACUCAUGUGAUGGGUAUACUUAAUCUUACCCCUGACAGCUUUAGCGACGGAGGACAGUUCCAGUCGUUAGAGAAUGCAGUUUCUCGCGUGCGAGAAAUGAUCUCUGAAGGGGCUGAUAUAAUCGAUAUCGGCGCGCAGUCUACGCGGCCGAUGGCCACUAGAAUUUCUAGUCAAGAAGAGUUGGAGAGACUACUACCGGUCUUGGAAGCUGCUCGAGGUUUGCCAGAGAUGCAGGGAAAGCUCAUAUCAGUGGAUACUUUCAACUCAGAGGUUGCUUCAGAAGCUAUAAGCAAGGGAGCUGACAUACUGAACGAUGUAUCUGCUGGAGCCUUAGACUCAGAUAUGCAUAAGGUUGUUGCAGAAUCCGGGGUGCCUUAUAUGGCCAUGCACAUGAGAGGAGAUCCAUGUACAAUGCAGAGCGAAGAGAAUUUGCAGUACGGUGAUGUAUGCAAGGACGUUGCUUCGGAGCUCUACACGCGAGUUAGGGAUGCAGAGAUCUCUGGGAUUCCGGCUUGGAGGGUUAUGAUCGAUCCAGGGAUCGGGUUUUCAAAGAGAGUAGAACACAACUUAGAUGUUAUAACGGAUCUUCCGAAAAUCCGGGAAGAGAUGGCUAAGAGAAGCAUAGGAGUGUCUCAUGCUCCUAUUCUUAUAGGACCUUCAAGGAAGAGAUUCUUGGGAGACAUUUGUGGGCAUCCUGAGGCUGCUGAGAGAGAUGCCGCAACUGUUGCUUCUGUUACUGCUGGCAUUCUAGGAGGUGCUAAUAUCAUUAGAGUUCAUAAUGUUAAAGAUAACGCAGAUGCAGCAAAAGUAUGUGACGCAAUGCUGAGAAGAAGAGGAAGGUCAAAAGGAUGAUUAUAACUUGUGUCAAUUUGCUCAAUGACCAAGUUUCAAUGUUUCAUUAAGAAUAUAGCUAUACUAAUCUUGUAUUUAGGUUAGUAGAUAAAAACACUGUUUUCCAUUUUUUUUAUCCUUCCAGCAAUAAAGAGUUUGUUAUAUUG